CAGCAUAUAUAUAUAGUAGUAUAGUAAUGCACCAGUGAUCGAUCGAUAGCUAUAUAUAUACAUAUCCACAAAUUUAUAAUAAACAUUGUGUUAUUAUAAAUCCUGUAACGAAACGUAAGAAUAUAUACAAAUAUGGCAGGUGGGGGUUUCGCGGGAGGAGGAGGGGGAGGAAGGGCAGAUCAGUAUGAGCAUAAGAUCACUCCCUAUUUCAUCUUCGCUUGUGUCGUUGCUGCCAUGGGAGGAUCUCUUUUCGGUUAUGAUCUUGGUGUUUCUGGUGGGGUGACCUCCAUGGAUGACUUCUUGAUGGAAUUCUUCCCCAAAAUCUACACAAGGAAGCAAAAGCAUCUCCAAGAAACAGACUACUGCAAAUAUGACAACCAAAUCCUCACUCUCUUCACUUCCUCCCUCUACUUUGCCGCCCUCGUCUCCACGUUCGGCGCCUCUUACGUGACCCGAAACAAAGGUAGGAGAGCCAGCAUUCUUUGCGGGGGACUUAGUUUCUUCAUCGGAGCAAUCGUUAACGCGCUUGCGAAGAACAUAGCCAUGCUCAUCAUCGGUCGGUGCCUGCUUGGCAUUGGCAUCGGUUUUGGCAAUCAAGCAGUGCCAUUGUUCCUGUCGGAAAUGGCGCCAGCGAAAGUGCGGGGAGCGGUGAACCAACUCUUUCAACUCACAACGUGCCUCGGGAUCUUCGUGGCCAACUUCAUCAACUACGCGACCGAGAAAAUCCAUCCCUGGGGGUGGAGACUAUCGCUCGGUCUAGCCACAGUCCCCGCGGCUCUCAUGUUUGUGGGAGGGCUGUUUCUUCCGGAGACCCCAAACAGCCUGGUGGAGCAGGGGCGGCUAGAGGAAGCCAGGGCUGUUCUGGAGAAAGUUAGGGGCACACCAAAAGUGGAUGCAGAGAUGGCUGAUAUAAUGGAAGCGAGCCGAGCUGCGAAAGCCAUAAAGAAUCCGUUUGGGAACCUGUUGAGGAGGAAGAACCGGCCUCAGUUGGUGAUCGGGGGGAUUGGGAUCCCGGCGUUCCAGCAGCUCACGGGGAUGAACUCGAUUCUCUUCUACGCACCGGUGAUAUUCCAGAGCUUGGGGUUUGGGUCUGGCGCCGCUCUUUAUUCGUCUGCGUUCACCAGUGGAGCACUUGUUGUUGCCACUUUGAUAUCCAUGGCUUUGGUAGACAAGCUGGGAAGAAGAACCUUUUUCUUGGAAGCUGGUGUUGAAAUGAUCUGUGUCCUGGUGGCGGUCGCGAUCACACUGGCAUUGAAGUUUGGGCAAGGGGUGGAGCUUCCAAAAGGGGUUGGCAUAUUUCUGGUGGUCAUAGUCUGCGUGUUCGUCCUGGCGUACGGGCGGUCAUGGGGCCCGCUCGGGUGGCUGGUCCCGAGCGAGCUCUUCCCGCUGGAGACGCGUUCGGCUGGGCAGAGCCUGGUGGUGUGCGUGAACAUGAUUUUCACGGCCCUCAUUGCGCAGUGCUUCCUGGCGGCCCUCUGCCACCUCCGGUACGGCAUCUUCCUGGUUUUCGCGGCGUUGAUCGCCGUCAUGAGCUUGUUCGUCUUCUUGCUGUUGCCGGAGACGAAACAGGUCCCCAUAGAGGAGGUUUACUUGCUGUGGGAGAAGCACUGGUUUUGGAAGAGAUAUUGUGGUGACUCCCCAGAACAGCAGCAAGGAAUGCAAGUCUAGCUAGACUAGUCUUUGCGUUAUUACUAUGCGGGAGAAUAACCACUAUAAAAGUAAAACAUUUUUUUUUUGUAUUUUUGGUGGAAUUGACCAAUUUGUUUGGCAUUAGUUUUAGGUUUUGCGUCUUGAAAAUAUAAUCUAACAGUAAUU